GAUGGUGCUGGACUAUGGGACUCAUGUCAUCACUAGUGUGGAUGCUGGGGCGGCUUUGGUGCAGGAGGACUAUCUCUGUUCCUCUUAUGUGUCAGACAGCCAGUCACAAAGCUCCUCUGUUAAAGCACAGGCUGGAUUAAACUUCUUUGAUAAACUAAAGUUUGACAUUAGCAGUCAAAGUGCCCAACAGAGCUCAUCACUUCAAACAUAUCAAUCCAAUAUUCAGUACUCCCUCAUUCAAAGCCACGGAGGUGCACCCUUUUAUCCUGGUAUCACUCUGCAGAAGUGGCAGGAAAGUACCAGAAACAACCUUGUUGCCAUCGAUCGCUCAGGAUUUCCUCUGCACUAUUUCAUAAACACCAACACUCUCACUGAUCUGCCACACCCUACGAUUGGAAAAGUUGCUCUUAAAGACGUCAGACAGGCUGUAGAGCGCUACUACAAGAUCAAUACUCGCCCUGGGUGUGUUGAUGUCAACUCCAAGAACUUCAACUUCCAGGCUAACAUGGAUGAUAAUUCCUGUGAGGGUUCAGCUACCAACCUCAGUUUUGGUGGUGUCUACCAAGAGUGUGUUAAAAUCAGCUCAGAUGCAGAUCCACUAUGUGAUGCCCUGGCCCAGAAAAACCCAGAUACAGGUGACUUCUCCUGCCGUCCACCUUACUCACCAACUUUACUCAGAUCAGAGGUGAGACUUCAGAGCUACUCCAAGUAUGAAUGUCACAAGGAAAGUCAUUCCUAUUGGGGUUUUUUCACUUGUCACAAAACACGUUGUCAAGACAACAACUAUGUUCGUUCUGCUCGCAUCAACACCUACUGGUGCUCUAUAAAUGGACAGGCUCCAGAAAACUCAGGGUAUCUGUUUGGAGGCAUAUACAGCCCCUCGCUCCUGAACCCCCUCACAAAAAGCAAAAGCUGCCCCCCAAAUUUCAUUCCACUAAAGUACCUCUCAGAUGGUGAGGUGAUCUGUAUGAGUAAAGACUAUGAGACAGGUACCAGAUUCUCAGUACCAUUCGGAGGUCUCUUCAGCUGUCAGUCAACCAACCCACUGGCAAGGAAUCAACGCAGGUGCCCUCCCAAGUUCAGUCAGCACCUUGCUGCAAUCAGUGAUGGCUGUGAAAUCCUCUACUGUGUUCAGUCUGGACUGUUCACA